GCGGCCCAGACUGGCAUCAGAACCCAUCCAACGUUCUAGCAAGUCAUUCGAAAUAUGAACUCCUACUUUGUGAUCGCUUUGAGUGCUGUGUUCGUGGCUUUGGCCUUGGCCUCGCCCCUCGACCUGAAUGACGAACAGAAGGCUCUGGCCAAGCAGCAUGGCGAGCAGUGCUCCCAGGAACUGAAUCUGACCGAGGAGGAGAAAGCCAAGGUGAAGGCCAAGGACUUCAAGAAUCCCACAGAGAACAUCAAGUGUUUCGCCAACUGCUUCUUCGAAAAGGUCGGCACCUUGAAGGACGGCAAAAUCCAGGAAGACGUUGUCCUCGAGAAGCUGGGCUCCUUCAUCGGUGAGGAGAAGACCAAGGCGGCCCUGGAAAAGUGCCGCACCAUCGAAGGUGACAACAAAUGUGAUAGGGCAGUCAAGCUGCACGCGUGCUUCGAGGAGUUCAAGCCCCAAGCUAAGGCUUAAACUAGAUCAAAAAAUAUGAAUUCUGGCAAAAAGUGAUUGGUUUGUGUGGGGCAGUGAAUAAGAUAACUAUUUGAAUACACGAUUUGUCAGAGAAA